AUGGAGUACCAUCCACCGCCAAAAAACCACCUGGAUUUCAUAGGCGGCGGAGCCUCCAGCAUUGUCAAUUUCCUUCCUCCCGACCGUGUCUUGAAGUUUGCCCACGACAACCUACCCCAAGAUGCCGAACACGAGCGGAAGGUCUUGGAGGUGCUCGGCUCUCAUCCUCGAAUAGUACGAUAUUUCGGCAUGUGGAAGGAAAAGAACAGGUCGGUGGUACUCGAGUACCAUCCUCGAGGGUAUCCCCGACGCCGGUGGGCUGUCCAGAUCGUGGAAGGCCUCGUCUACAUACACUCCAAGGGCAUUGUCCACGGCGACUUGAACGCGAGCAACAUCUUGGUCACAGACAGCGAUGAUGUCGUCCUGUGCGACUUUGCAGGCUCCUCGUUGAACGGCGAGAAGCCGGUUGCGCUCUGCUUUGAGCCACGCCACUUGCGCCCUCGAGGAGAAGGCGAGGACGAAACACGAAACAUCAAAGACGACUUGUUUGCGCUCGGAUCCGUUCUCUACGAGUUGUACAGCGACAAAAAGCCGUACGCGGAGAAGGAGGAUCACGAGGUGGGAAAGCUAUACCGUCAAGGCACAUUUCCGGAUGUUUCUGGAAUACCUGUGGGACGUGUGAUUGAAAAGUGUUGGACAGGGGGGUACAAAAGCGCAGAACAAGUGCUUGCCGACCUUGUUGUUCUCAUUGUCACCGGCUUCUCGACGACGUUUGAUUCGACGGAGCUGCAAACCGCCCGCUGA